AAAAGCUGCUAGCAUCAUCAAGUGGGGCCCCGAGCUUGGGUCUCGCGCCGCGUCUCGAGCCUCGCAAGCCUGGUGCCGGCGCCGCCUUUCCGACAGGGGAGAGAGGAAAGAGAAGGAAGAAAAGAAAAUAUCGCCGGCAUCGGCGACGAACGCGGAGCUGCACGGCAGCAAUGCGAUCGUCAGAGCACGCAUCUCGACGGUGAGAUCGGAAGCUUGACGACGACGACGCCGGCACUGCAGGGAAGCCGGUGAAGCACUUCGGGACCGCCGCGUAGUCGUCUUGACAGUCCGGUCCUGAGACAUCGACGACACGAUCCAAGAUGAAGAUCGAGAGCUUGCUCGUACGGCAACUCAUCAGCGAGUUCCUCGGAACAAUGAUUCUAAUCACGAUCGGCGAUGCUAUCAUGGCCAUCAUCAUCGCCGGUGACAACGAGUCCCUCGCUGCCUGCGUGGGACCCCUAGGAUGGGGCGUCGCCAUCUACGUGGCCGUACAGAUCGCCGGAGGCGUCUCAUCCCACCUGAAUCCUGCCGUGACACUGGCCCAGGCGUCCGUGCGCAAGUUUCCGAUCGCCAAAGUGCCGCUCUAUUUCGCGGCACAGUACCUGGGUGGCUUCGUCGGCGCGGCGCUUGUGUUUGUCACCUACAAAGACGCUAUUGAGCACUUCGACCAGGGAGUCCGCCAAGUGACGGGAGAGAAGUCCACGGCCGGUAUAUUUGCAACUUACCCCAAACCACACGUCUCCACGCUGACGUGCUUCAUCGAUCAGGUCAUCGCGACGGGCAUAAUGAUGGUGUGCUGCGAGGCCAUCGGCGACCCUCGCAACUUCGGGGGCAUCCCGCCACAUAUUCACCCAAUCUGCUUGGGCCUCUUGAUCAUGGCUCUUAUCUUCAGUUUCGCCUACAACUGCAUGUGCCCGCUCAAUCCCGCCAGAGAUAUCGCGCCACGCCUAUUCACACUCAUGGCCGGAUGGGGACCCGAAACGUUCACUCUACGCGGCGGGAACUACGUGUGGGUUCCACUGCUCGGCCCUCACAUCGGCGCCAUACUCGGCGUCUGGCUCUACAAGGUGGCUAUCGGUGACCACUGGCCCGACAGGCCGAAGCCAGCCUCAACGAAUGGCAAGGAGACGAAGGAGGACCUGGUGGAGACGCUGUACAAGGUCGACGGCGACAAGAUGGUGCUCGAGCUGGAACCGGCCCAGCAGCACCAGAGGCUGUGAAACCUCGUGCGUGCCUCCGCUGCCAUACAGUACCGCUCGAAGCUGCGCCGAACGGCUAGCGUUACGCCCGCAUGCUUGUCCAGAUGGGCCAACAGCGGGUGUCGCUUCGGCGGCGGUGUCCCUCCCUUCUAGAUGACAACGCAAGCCGUUCGCCCCCCUUCGUACCUAUACUCACGAGCUGUUCUUCCGAACGAAUCCUGGCAACCCUGCUGAUCAUUGUGUAGCCUGCCGGGCCUGGAGUAGCCCUGCGGAUCACUCCUGUGGACGGAUGACGGCACAGGAAAGCGAAGAUCUGCGCGCAACAGCGCGCCACACUUCAUUUCGACGAGAUUGGGCCGUCGUGAAUGAUGGCCUCGAAAACGUCGCUAGGCCUUUUUCAUGGUGCAUUUCGAGUGUUUACAACACGAUCCGAUACGAGACUACUAAGCCUACUUCCAAACUAAAGAGCAUGGGGGAAGAAAUGAACUAGGAGAGAGAUUUACGUCGCGCGGCCAGCCUUGACGAGCGAAAGUCCCGGGGCAGCCAUUUUUCUCCAUCUUGUACCUCGCAGUACCGUCCUAACACGUGACCUCUUAGGAGACAGCGUAUUGGAUAGUGUUUGUUAGGCUGCGCUGCCGUGUCUUUCCGCCUGCACUCGUGCUUAUGACGUUGUGACCAGGUCUUUGGCCUAUACCCUAUAACUUCGAUCGUGUUGCGCUGCGGUCUCUCCUGUUUAUGCCUUCCUCAAUGCCAGACAGCCAGGGGUUGGAAGAUAGAAACCUUUUUGAAUUAAAAGAAAUUUAUCACAGAAGCUGCUAUACCGACACUCAGGCUGGUGUUUCAACGGGCGGAGCUAUGUUUGUCAAAGGUGGCCUUGUCAGCUUUGUAAUCACUAAUUAGCUUUAUGUGAUCAGUGUAUAGUGAGGUAACGUGCCACGUGUAAUGUUCCCGGCACUUCUAUUUGCAGUGUGGUACGGUCUCCAGUGAAACGAAGUGACGUCACUCCACUAACAUUACACAUGUGCAACAUGCCAAUGGUAGCAGGCUACGUUCGACGGGGAUAUGUUCGCCCAUCAAAAUACUGACCGCCGUGUACGAAGUGAUUGUCCGGGUUUAUAUUGCUUUAUAUAUGUCGCGCAUGCCUACAUAUGCUUGAACACGAGGUGUUUUGACAGCCCGACCGGAAUUAACACAUCGAAAGUAAUGUUCCGCCAGAAUAAACUGCAGCACAUUGUCGAUGUAUGCGGACAGGGUUUUUUUCUAACAGCGCUUGACAAAUCACGCGUCAGCUUUAUGGAUACAGAGUGUCGAUGGUUAUUUCUGGGUGUAAUAGAUAGAUAUGUUUCUGGGUGUAAUAGGUCACCUCAAGUUGUUUCAUUUUUGCAUGAGUGAAUGUCGCGUUUUUAUUUUAUUCACGACUAGCAAGAUAGGCACCUCUUUCAUACACUUUUCUUAAAGAGUUAGUGGAUUGCCUAGCAAGUUUAACAGGAUGACGUACACUCAUAAAUAGAGACGGAUGUUCUGCAAGAGUAUAUAGAUAGUUUUUUGACCACGCACUUGAACUUGACAGUUGUGAAGCAGAGCUCGAACGCUAGGCAAAAGAAUGAUGCCGUGGCACAAAAAAAAAAAAAGCGUUAGACGGAACAACAGCUACGUAAGACUGUACUUUACGAACUUAGCGGAGCACUGACCGCGGUAGGCGUAUUAACUUCAGCAAUACUAUGAAUAGGCGAAGUCCUGCUCAAAAUUAAGGCUUGCUCAGUAACACUAAAGAAGUAAAAUUGUCCGAGAAACAACGCCGAUUCUGCUCCAAGCCACAAUUAUGAUGUGAAGUCUCGUAACGAUUUCAUUUUUGGGAUCUCUAAUUUUAUUUAAAAAUAACAAGUGUAAAUCUGGCUGACUUUUUUUUCGCAAAAAAGCAAAUGGUUUCUUUUGAAAACUGCGUUGAGUUGGCUUGCGCAUAUGCCCAAAAUACAAAUGAGUAGGAAAGUUCAUUUCGUAAAGUGCAAUAAAAAAUGCUCACGGUCUUGUAUACUGAAGUUGUAUGAGUUUUGUAAGCUUUUCUUUUCUUUUUUUAGAGCUACAAUAGUACCAUCAAUAGAUUAUAUUGUUGAAGCUGAUGUAAGCGAGAAAAGAUUGUGCUCAAGUAAACUACGAUCUCUCAAUAGUCCGCUAUAGCUGCAUUAUUGAAUUCAGUCACAAAAUACAGGUAUUGUCGUGGUCACGUACCUUAUACGCAAGAGUCUGAUGAAAGUUCGAUCGACAACACGGUUACAACGCAGCGAAACCUGAGGCAUAAAUUACGGCUGAUGCUUAAGACAGGAAAAAAAAAACAAAUCUACGCGAGCUCUGGCUUUUUCGUUGUUGAGACAAACUUAGUUGUUAAGAGAACGUGCGACAAAUGACUUUGGUUGAGUAGAUGGCAAUGAAGGUCGUCCAAAUGUAACAGACUUGAAUCAGUACACACAAAGAUUAAGCGUGAAACGCCAGACACUGUGUUAAAUGUGCCAAGAUUUAAAAUAAAUGUGAACAUCUCCUACUGCGACUUUUUGCACUGGUGCAAAGAUUCCUGAGGAUAAAGUGGCACCAGCCAAUGUUUAAGGUAGACCCGACGUUUUGGGUUCGGUUUGGUCACUUCCUCAGAGAUCAACCUGAUCAAAUUGAUUCCGCAACGUGGGGACAACCUCAAAAUUUGAGCGGUGAUACUAUAGACUCGAGGAGCCAAUUUACUUUUGUGUAAUGAAAACAUCAACUGUAUUUACGUCAAUUACAUUUGUAACAACACAUACUUAGAUCAUACCGCGCAUGAACAGCUGUCAAAUACAUGUUUCAUUUCGACGACGUCAAUUCAGUGAAGCGGAGCAGUGCAAAGCUUGGAAGGCAGUAGAGAGUGUAAAUUGAAACGCAGUUCUACCUGACGUUGUUCUUCGAUUUGCAACUAAGUGGGCAGCAAGAAAUGCCAGCAUGUAAACAUCUAGGGCUGGUUUAAGAAAGCUUUUCGUAUACGUGAGAUCGGCGCAUCGUUCGUUAACACCUUGACUUCUCUACUCGCUGUCGAGGCGGACCUUGCGAUUUGAUCUCACAUACGAUCGACCUUGUGUGUGCGUGGCCGUUGACUUAAGUGUAGGUAUUUGUAUUAAGAAGCAUGUUUUUGUGUGUAACGCGUCAUGUGUGUUAGCGUCGUCAUCGCGAAGGUUUACAGUGUCGUUAAGUAUGAACUUUGUGAUGAACGGAAACAGACUUAGAACAGCGCAAAGUACAGGACGGUGAGACAUCUGCAUGGGUCAAAUUAUGUGCGUUUGUGUCUGUCGCUGAUUAGUAUAGUUCAUUUUGAACGCGCUUCACUUAGUUUGGCCGUGUACGAGUCGCGCUGUUUCUUCUAGCCUGUCAAUAUGCGCAGAGCAUGCCUGCUUUGAAUUUGUGAUAUAUUUCACUUCUCUGGAUGGCAAACCGGUGAAUGAGCCGUCGCUGGCGAUGCUCAUGUGUUGUAUCAAAGUGUCGUUUCUGCCGCAGCUUGUAGCCCCUAUUUUUGCUGAAACCAACGCUUUGAAAAGUCAAGUAAUAAAACC